AUGACCUCGACUACGAAACACCCCCUUCCUUCGCAUUUCAUCCUUCCAGACCUUCUUGACCAAUGGCCUUUUGAGACCGAGCCUAAUCCCCACCAAGAAAUUGUCGAUGAUAGCGCACGCUGGGUGGAAUCCUACAAGGCCUUCAGCCCAAAAGCCCAAGACGCCUUCAACCGCUGUAACUUCGGCAUCUUCGCGUCGCUGGCGUACCCCAGAUCAGAAGGAACACAUUAUCGAGCCGCCUGCGAUUUGAUGAAUUUGUUCUUUGUCUUCGACGAAUUUAGUGAUGCAGAAAACGGAGACGUCGUGCGUCAACAGGCUGCUGAUAUUAUGAACGCCCUCAGAUACCCUGACAAAAUCCCAGCGGGUGGUGACAGUAUACUUGGAGCCAUGACCAGAGAUUACUGGAAGCGGACUCUCGAGGUCUCAAGCAAGUCGUCUGCCGAACGCUUCAUCCGCAACUUCGAUGGAUACACCGACGCGGUUAGGCAAGAGGCUGUUGACCGCGACGAAGGCCGCGAGCGAUCGAUUGAAGAAUAUAUGGAACUUCGCCGUGGAACCAUCGGCGUUUACCCAUCCUUCGAUUAUUUUCUCCUUGAGGACGACAUCCCUGACGAGUAUAUCGACCAUCCCGCCGUUGCAAGCCUAGCUCUGGGGGCGGUGGAUAUGACAAUAUUGGCGAAUGACGUAUAUUCGUGGAACGUCGAACAGUGCCGCGGGGAGGACAGACACAACCUUGUCGCCGUAGCCAUGCGCGAGAAAGGCUUGUCCGUGCAGGAAGCCAUGGACUACGUUGGGACUAUCUACGCUGGUAUCCGCGACAAAUAUGUCAAGGAAUUCAACGAGCUUCCCCAAUUCCCCGAAAAAUAUGACAAGCUCGUCAAGGACUACUGCUGGCACAUGGGAAAUUGGGUGACCACGAACAUCAAGUGGAGCCACUUCGGCGAGAGGUACUUCGGGAAGAAGGGUAGAGAAAUCUUGAAGCAUCGGACGGUGGAAGUGAUGAGACCGUCUGUCCUUGGGUGGGUCAUGAGGAAGUCAUACCCCCUCAUAGUGACGGUGAAAUACGCACCCAGGGAGUACUACUACAUUGCGGCGGCGUUCCUCAUGCUUCUACACACGAGCAAAGACUCUGGCAUUCUCUCGGUAUCUAAUUGA